GACGCACGGGCCUCUCUGUGCCGCCCGCCUCGGCCAGGCCGGGUGAAUCACCCCGCAGCCCGGGAAGGGGGCGGAGGCGCCGGCUCCCUGGCUCCGGCUGCGUGACUCACCCGCCCCCGCCGCCGCCGAUUCUAGAGAAGUAGCCCCCACUGCCUUCCGGAAGCGAGCGGAGGCCGAGAGGGCAGAACAGCUCUCCGGAGAUCCCGGCCCGCACGGUCCCGGGUGGCAAAUGAUGCUGAGCAAGGGCCUGAAGCGAAAGCGGGAGGAGGAGGAGGAGGAGGAGGAGAAGGAAGCCCUGGCAGUCGAUGCCUGGUGGCUGGAUCCCGGCCACCCAGCAGUGGCACAGGCAUCCCCGGCCAUGGCCUCCAGUUCCCUCUUUGACCUUUCGGUGCUCAAGCUCCACCACAGCCUGCGGCAGAGUGAGCCAGACCUGCGGCACCUGGUGCUGGUAGUGAACACACUGCGGCGAAUUCAGGCGUCCAUGGCAUCCACAGCUGCCCUGCCACCCGUGCCCAGCCCACCUACAGCCCCUAGCGUGGCUGACAGCCUGCUGGCCAGCUCUGAUGCCAGCCUUUCAGCCUCCAUGGCCAGCCUCCUGGAGGACCUCAGCCAUAUUGAGGGCCUGAGCCAGGCCCCCCAGCCCCUGGUAGACGAGGGGCCACUAGGCCGCCCCCCGGGGGGAGCCCCACCCAGCCUGGGUGCCUUGGACCUGCUUGGCCCCACCUCUGGAUGUCUGCUGGACGAUGGGCUUGAGGGCCUGUUUGAGGACAUUGACACAUCCAUGUACGACAGUGAAUUUUGGGCACCAGCCUCUGAGGGCCACAAACCCAGCCCUGAGGAUGGGCCAGGCAAAGAGGAAGCUCCAGAGCUGGACGAGGCUGAGCUGGACUACCUCAUGGACGUGCUGGUGGGCACACAGUCACUGGAGCGGCCACCGGGGCCAGGGCGCUGACCUCCCCCAGGGCUGGGAUGUUGAUCUGGUGUCCAAACUGAGCCUGGUGACUGGACCAACUCUCCUUGGAAAGACACAGCUGGGUUCCCUAGAGAGGAGCUUUGGAGAGAAAGAAUUCAGUCCUGGGCAACUUCAUCUCCGUCCUCUUGUCUCUAGCUGAUGGAGGGAGUCUGGGAUUGGCCCUUGUGAUGAAAUGACAGGGCCUGGUGGCUGGAAUGUGAUUGGAUCAGGCCCAGUGCUGAAUCCCUGGAGGCAGAGCCUGGUAUACUCUUUCCCUGUUGUGGGAAGAGACCCCCAACCAGUUUUUUGAAAUUAAAGUCACUCGUAGGAAG